AUGUUGGCGGCGGCGCGGCGCGUGGUGUGCGCGCUCUCCGGGGGAGUGGACAGCGCGGUGGCGGCGCUGCUGCUCCGGCGGAGAGGCUACCAAGUGACAGGAGUAUUUAUGAAGAACUGGGACACUCUGGAUGAACAAGGAGUUUGUUCUGCUGACAAAGAUUGUGAAGAUGCUUAUAGAGUUUGUCAGAAACUGGAUAUCCCUUUUCAUCAAGUUUCCUAUGUCAAGGAGUACUGGAAUGAAGUUUUCAGUUACCUUGUAAAUGAGUAUGAAUUGGGAAGAACUCCUAAUCCUGACAUAAUGUGCAACAAGCAUAUCAAAUUCAAUUAUUUUCUCCGUUAUGCUCUGGAUAACCUUGGAGCGGAUGCAGUUGCAACUGGGCAUUAUGCAAGGACUUCACUGGAAGAUGAAGAAAUUUUCCAACAGAAACAUAUUAAAAGACCACAAGGGCUUUUCAGAAACCGAUUUGAAGUUAGAAAUGCUGUAAAACUUCUUACAGGAGCUGACCACUUGAAAGACCAGACCUUCUUCCUCAGUCAGAUUUCACAAGAUGCUUUGAGGAGAACCAUUUUUCCUUUAGGAGGAUUGACAAAAGAUUUUGUAAAGAAGAUAGCAGCAGAACACGGAUUUCAUCAUGUGCUAAAGAGAAAAGAGAGUAUGGGAAUCUGUUUCAUUGGUGAAAGAAAUUUUGAAAACUUCAUUCUUGAGUAUUUAGAACCUCGUCCAGGUAACUUUGUUUCCAUUGAAGAUAACAAGGUGAUAGGAACACACAAAGGUUGUUUCCUGUAUACAAUAGGCCAGAGGGCCAAGCUAAGUGGCCUCAGUGAAGCUUGGUUUGUUGUUGACAAAGAUGCAACCUCAGGAAAUAUCUUUGUGGCACCAUCUACAGAUCACCCUGCACUGUAUAGAGACCUACUGCGGACAAACCGUGUGCACUGGAUUGCAGAGGAACCUCCUGCUGAGCUAAUUAGGGACAAAAUGAUGGAGUGUACUUUCAGGUUUCAGCAUCAGAUGGCACUAGUGCCUUCCAUGUUAACUCUAAACCAAGAUGGGACAGUGUGGGUGACACUAGUCAAGCCAAUAAGAGCUCUUACACUAGGGCAAUUUGCUGUGUUCUACAAGGGUGACGAGUGCCUUGGCAGUGGAAAAAUCAUGAGGCUGGGCCCAUCAGUGUACACCUUACAACAGGGCAAAAGCAGAGAGCAGGAUUCAAGGCAUGUGUUAGCAGAGGAGAUCAAGAACUUAGAACCAGCAACGUAACUCAUGCAUUUUUCUUGAUUGAAAGACUUUUGGGAAACUGGAGCCUUAAAAUAAG